GGAGGACGGUUCCUUUCCCAGGUGAAUUCGGAUAUAUCUUCGAGGGGGGGAAAAGCCUUUUGUGCCGUGUUAAAUCGCGCGAUGGCCCCUCUCCUGUAAUUUCGAUCAGCGUUGUAGGCGGCAUAACCCUGGAAAUAGUUUCUGAUGAAUGUAAUUGAAAAGCGCCUUAACCUCGGAAUGUCGUAAGCCAAACUCAUCAUAACCCAGGGACUGCCUGUGACUUAUGCAGGACUUAUUUUUAUAGAAGGAAGAGGAGUAUGGAGGCUUUGAAGUGUGUUGUGUGUAGCGAGAAGUUCCACUGCAAAGAUCAGAGAAUUUUCAUCCAAGAGAGCAUCACACAGCAUACACUGACCCCCUUGAAAAAAAUUGUGGAAUCGACACUUAAUCGAGAGCUAAGGUCAACUGAUAUAAUGUGUAAGCAAUGUUUGCAUUUGUUUGAUGAAAAGGAUAGGCUGCAGAAAAUGGCAACAGAUAUGGAUAGCCACAUCAUGACAAAAAUUAAGGAUUCAACUAAAAUUGCUGUUAAUGGUUCAGCAACCAUCUCCAUCACUGUUGGAGAAAACUCAGCAAAUGAUAGUAUUAGGGAAGAGUUUGCGAGACAGUACAAAAACCUUAGUUUAGGAGAAUUAAGGGAUUUGAGCUCUGGUGUUUUAAAUAUCAAGGAAGGCGUAGAUUCAUCGCAAGCAGUCAUGAAGAGGAAAAGAGGUCGACCCAGGAAGUCUAACAUUCAGCAGAACGAAGAAAAUUCUGAUCCUCCCCCGCUGAUGGUGCACGAGCGUCAAAAAAGAAAGCGUUCUGAAAAAUUCAAUACUUUCUUGAAGGUUUUGAAAGGAGAGAAAGAAUUUUACAUCAUAGACGAGGACAAAGAAGAGCCGAAGACUGCCAAGAGAAGAAGUGGAAGGAAGCGCGUCCUUGAUCCUGACAUUAUUUACAUCGGAAAUUGCAAGAAUGAUGAUGCAGUGAACAGAAUGUGCAUCAUCCAGUUGACCGACACAGCGGGCCAAGAUAAUCUCCAAACCACAGCAAAGGAUAACGGGAAACUUAAUUUAACCGAAGAUGAAGAUGUGGAGGAAAUUUUAGGGAUUGACUCUCAGGAAACUUCUUUGAUUCACGACAUUGAUCCCUUGGGUCAUGUUGAAGAUGAUCUCAUCAAAGUGAUUGACUGUAUGGAUACUAACAGUGUUGGAAGGACUGAAGACGACAUAGAUCUUAAGGAAUUUAAUUUGCAUGAAGAUGAACUUGAUAUUAAAGGACACAUUGAGUGGCAUUUGAAGGGGAUUACAGAAGGCCAGGAGCUGAAGGCAGCAGUAACAAUGGUCAAUGAUAGUAAAUCAGAACAAAUGAAAAAUGAUUUGCAACUAAAAUCAAGUCAAAGUAAGAAAUGCAAAGAGGACUUCCCUUCCAAACCGUGCAUUGAAAUAGCAGACAUUGAAGUACUGAAUUCCGUUGCAUCAAAUGUGGAGGUUAUUAUAACACAAACUGAUGACAACACACUUCAUUAUGUAGUAAGCUCUCAGGAUGGUUUGGGUGUUGUCGAAGAUUCUCCAUCAUGUACCAGUCCAGUUCUUAGCUCGUCAAAAGAUGAAAUUCAAGAGCAUUUUGACAAGUUUAGAUGUAAGGUUUGUCAAAAAGUGUUUCCAAACAAGGAGUUGGCGCGCGUGCAUGCUCAAACAGAUCAUAAGGAAAGCAUUCCAACUCCCAACGAUAAACCUUUUAGUUGUGGCGAGUGUAGCAGAAAGUUUCCAACAACAAGAGGUCGUGACAAACAUGCGCUGAUUCAUCUCAAUUACACCCCUGUACAGUGUGAAGAAUGCAAUCUUGCAUUUAACAGUUACCGUCCCGCAGAGCGACAUUUACGUAAUGUGCACGACAGGGAUCCAACGUUCCAUUGUAAUAAUUGUGAAGAAGAAUUUGUAAUGGAGAGUUCCCUUAAGCUUCAUACAGAAAUGGCACACCAACCAACCGUCAAGAAAACUACCAAAGUUGCAACCAUUCGUAGUCGUAAGGUAGGGCCCGUACGUAAAGACAAAAAAUGUAGAUUAGUUGAUAAGACAAAUAGUAACAGGUUAUUUGAGUGUCCUUUGUGUCAGGAAAAGAUUUUUGGCAUUAGAGCUGUUAAAACCCAUCAUAAACAAGUACAUGAUAAUCAGGAAUACGUUUGUAAGUUUUGUAAAUACAAGAGUCAGUGCUUAAGUACUUACGAUCGCCACAUGGUUAAAGUUCACAAGGCGUCAACCGUUGUGCUGUAUCAUUGCCUCAAAUGUAAGAAAGGUUUUCAGGAUCCUAAAGGAUUAGAAGAACACCAUGUAUCUUUUCAUCAUGCCGAGAAAACGUUCAGGUGUCGGUUUUGUGGAGAGGCAUUUGCUUGUGUCUCCAUGCUAAGGUUUCACAGCAAAAGUCAUGUUGCUUUUUCUUGUGAAGUUUGUCAUUUAGGUUUUAUGAAAGAAGAAGCACUGGAAGAGCACACUAAGAAUGUUCAUACUUCUGAUUACACUUCAAAUUUAGCAGGUGUUUCUUCUGGGGACGCAGGCAAAGAAAAUGUAAAGGCUAGCUUCGAAUCCGUCAAAGUGGAGUCGAGUGCCGAGAGUCAGAAUGAUAAUUCCGGUGUUGAUUCGAGGGUUUUAGUGAUUGGUAGUGAUGGGACAGUUAAAGUCAAAGAAGAAAGCAAGGUGGAGGGCGAUCCGACGAUCGUCCCCUCCGAGGACGUGACGUUACAUUUGCAGCAGACGAGGGAAGGUGGGCUCGAAGAGAUGGAUGUGCUCAACCCUCUCAGAGGUCACAGGGUGAAAGACUUGCCGAAAAAGAUGAACUGUCCCGUUUGUAAUAAAAUCCUCACCACAAAGUUCCUCAGGACGCACAUGCUUAGUCACAAAGGAGAGCUACCCCACAAGUGCAAUGUGUGUGGGAAAGGCUAUGCCCAAGGAACUCUGCUCAGGAAGCACAUGAAGAAUCGCCAUUACGAAGAAUUCUUGAAAAUGGGAAAUAAGAACCCCAAGAAGCAUAAAGUGACCUGUGAGUAUUGUGACAGUGUAUAUGAUGACAUAUAUGCGUUAGAAGAUCACUUAUGGAAGCACAUGAGUGUCAAGACUUUUGAGUGUGGCGAUUGUAAGAUCAAGUUUGGCAUGGAGAGCAAUUUACGAGAGCACUACAAGAGCCAUUAUUUUAAAGAAGCACAGUUUUGUCCCAUUUGUAAGAGGGAAUUCAAGUCUAUUGGGUUUUACAAUGAACACGUGGAGAAGUGUCAGAAUCGUUGGAAGUGUGAGCAUUGUGGUCUGGAGUGUUAUACUCAGGGUUACUAUAAAAAACAUCAAAGAGCAGAACAUGGUGGUGAGAAUACUGUUCGUUAUCAGUGUAAUCUUUGUGAGAAGUCUUUUACCGAGCGCUAUCACUAUGACGACCACUUGAUCACUCAUUCCUCUGAAAGGGCUUUUGUAUGUAAUGUGUGUGACAAACAGUUUAAACGUCGGCGACCUUUGAAGGAUCAUAUAGUUAGGUGUCAUUCAGGAAAUCAGUUUAUGUGCCCCUAUUGCAAGAAGCAGUUCUCAACCCAACAGGAACUGGAUGUUCAUAAGAAGAGCCAUCGCAGAGAGUACCCCUGCACUUCUUGUGGCCAUGUCUAUAUGUCAAAGGAAUCCUUAACAAAUCACUUAUUGGUCAACCAUUGUGAAUCAAGUCCACAUAAUUGUCCAAUUUGCGGUCAGUCAUUUGUUAAACAAGCGAACUUGAAGGCCCAUGUGGUUUCUCAUAAUGCAAAUACUCCAAAUAUAUGCCCAGUGGAUGGUUGUCAUAAGAUGUUCCGUACAGAGGCUUUGUUACGCAACCACGUUGCACGUCGUCAUAACGAACUCUUGUACGUGUGCCCAAUAUGUGAUCGUAAGUUUGGCCUUGAAUCUGAUCAGAUUCGCCAUAUGGCUACUCAUACUAAAGGGACAACGUUCCCAUGUUUGAUAUGUGGAAAUACUUUCAAGACAGAAGCAUCAUUAGAUCGCCAUGUGUUAACCCACACCCAAGAAAAACCGUACGAAUGUGGGAUAUGCCAGCACACAUCUUUCUCGCGUCAUCAAAUUAUACGCCAUAUUCAGUCAGAACAUGCAAUAUUAGAUUAUCUCUCGCAUAUUGUGGUUAAACGUUGGAGGUGUUCAGGCUGUGGCAAGAUGUUUGUGGUACGUACUUCGUUGCUGCGUCACUUAGAAGAGCAUGCUGCCCAUGGUGUGAGUGCGGAGGGAUUUGCAGUGAAGACCACUUCAUCAGCGUCAGCUGGAGCAGAUGGCACAACUAUACUUAGUUCAGAAUCUGCUGCAUCCACUAGUGCCUUUAUUGACCAAAUGUCAACUCUCAGCUGGGAGGAUAUUACAACAUUGUUACGUUUACAUAUUUUUACGGACGAGGAAGCCGUCGACGGGAAAACUUUAGCAGCAGCAGAUGUAUGGCAGUGUCCUGGUUGUCUUUUAGCAACACAGAGAGAAGAGGAUAUGAGAGACCACUUGAUAGCCACCCCUCUGUGCCAAGAAGCAGUUAUUUUGCAAAUGGCAGAUGGUCUUCAGAAUAGUACUGAUGAGGUGGAAGAGAAUAAUCCUAGUGAGCAAGAUUCAGGCGGAGAGGGCAUCAGUAACCGGAAUGUUUUACGGUUAACAAGCAAUGAAGGAGAGUUGCAGUAUGUCAUAGUUCAAGAAGAGGAAAAUCGAACUGCAAAACUGAGUGAAGAAAUUAUAAAAGUAGAGCAUGAUGUCACUGAAGGAGAAAGCAUGCCGAUUUUAGUAAACAUGGACGAAAGCAUUCAGCAACUUCUUCAGCAACCAGGGCACGGGGACAUCCAGAUUGUUGUGGAGAAUUCCGCUCCGUUGAAACAUCUUUUAGAGGAAAAUCAAGACCAAAAUGAACCAAAUGAGGUUGUAGCACAUCCUUCUUCCAGUAGUAUAGUUCAAGAUAAUCUUCCUGAUUCCACAGCUAUACUUAAUGGAUCUGAGGUGCUCCUGCAGACGGCUGAUGGCCAGUUACUACUUCAGCAGACUGUAGGUGGUGUGACUCAGUACCAGUUAGUGGAAGGGGUGCCGACAUCUUCUGAAGAGGAGGAAUCCUCCCUCACUCUUAUACAGUCAUCGCCAGCCUCAAUUUCUGCUGGAGAAUUCAUAGAAGAUUUGCAGUCUCAGUGUAUACAAAGCAAGCAGUUCAUUUAAACUGUGAUCUUCAGCUUGUAUUCCUUUGUUGUGAAUGUUGUUGAUGAACCUUUAGGAAGCAUAGAUACACUGUUAAGUUAAUACGCAGUACUUAACACCUUUUUCACCCUAGGAGUAAUAAUUUGAAUGUUUUAUAUUUUGUGUUCUGUAUGUAUUUUAUCACAGCCUAUCAGUAGCGUAGAGUUGAAGGACCUAAUUUAUUUUUUGUAUUCAUGUACUUUGUUGUACUCUACCGUUUGACUUGGUACUGGUACAAUAUCUUGUAAAAAGUUGACAGACGUUUAUUAACUCUGGAUGACAUUUGAGCUACCUACCUACUACAUGGAGAAUGCUGUUACAAAGUCAGUGUUGUGGCUUUAUAAUUAUUUUUUUUAAUUUGGUUGUUAUGUAGGUUCAUACAUCUAGUUUCUUCAACAUUUCUACUUUCAUAGAAAUUUUAAAUACAAAUACUACAAUAUAUGGUUGGAACAAAAGCUUUAUGGUAGUGACCAGAAUAAUGAAUAAUGAAUUUAGUGAAAACAUUGAAGUAUAGUAGCUUGCAGUGGCUAAUAAUACCACAACCUGCAUUGGUUGAGAAAUUAAAGGUACUUAUGUUAAAUGAAUAAUUUGUAUAAAUGUACUAGCAUUUAUGCCAGGCGUGAAAUCUUGCUUGGACUGUUUCUUAGCCGCCUGCAGUUAUUGAACCCACGGUGUAAAGAUAGCUUUAGAUAUCGUUUCCCAAUUUUUAGACUAAUUUUAAAUUAUUUAUAACUUAUCCUGCAAGCUUUAGGAUUUAAUUGUAAGCUAACUGUAAAUUGUUUAUUAAUGUUUCCUUCAUAAGCACUCGUGGAUCUUGUGUGUCACGCUGUGAAAUCUCUCUAUUUUUAAAUAUGACCGGAAACCAAGAUGCUAGGGAGUGAUAUUUAGUGUGGGAGUUAUUUGAUCAUGGUUUUAUGUAUGCCAAAAGAGGAACAUUAAAUGAGGUAUCCAACAAAGACAGGCUAUUUAUUGCUUUUAUAUAGCAGUCAAGGAUGUUUAAAUAUAAGAAAAAAAUAAUAAUAAAAUUAAAUUAUUUUGGCAACAGGAGCUCAUCUGUUUACAACCAUUAUUUGAAAAAUAUAUUAGUAUUGGGAAAUCUAUAAUGCAGUUGUGUAUAAAAGUCAGCCAGUAUUGUUAGUAACACUUUCUUAGUGGGUUUGUAAAAUUUAAGUACGACUUUAUUGUACCUGCUCACUGAGAGUUUGUUCCUUUGGAAAUGCGAAUCAUUGUCUUUUCUGUAGGAGUAUUCUUCAGUGUGAGUUGGAAUCUGUUUUUGAAACUUGGUAACAAGGUUAUUAACGGAUGAUAGGAGGGCAAGUGGAGUGAUAUAUAGUAUAUGUUCAUAGUAUCUCCAGGACUUAAACAUACAUUCUUGGUAAAGCAUGCAACUGCUCUUUUGUAACUUCCAUUCAGUUUUGACUGACUGUGGUUAUGACUCAAUCUGGAAUCAUUAUCCAAUGGUUAGUACUACUAGGUCUGAUCGAUUGUGUCUAAUGUAUGUGUGUUCAGCAGGGAAGACUGACCUGUCACCCUCUUUCAGGAGACAAUCCGAGGGUUCUUCAGUGUUGUUUUAAGCAGAGAUGGAACAAUUCUUUCGAAACAUGUUCAUGUCAGUUGGUGUUUACCUUUGGGUGUAUUCUUAAAUUAAGACCAUCAUUCAGGUUGCCAUUUUGAAACCAGGUGGACAGCCUGGUUGGUUCUUUGAGUCAGAAGGGUCCCUGCUGUCUUGGAGAUCAAGCUAAUUCUCUGCCAUAAACAAUCUUCGGACUAAAGGACAUGGAUAUCUCCUCUGGUUUUAUUGUUGCUCUUGAGGAGCUUCAUGAUGUUUUGUCCUUCUGGGCAUCCUAGGUCUAAGUUGAGCACCAUACAAGCCAUUGGCGAAGGCCACAGGCAGAGAUCUCACACUCAAGACUUUCCACUACCUUACAUAAUCAGACAGUGCCUCUCAGGCAAACAUUACCAAAUGGUGGGGAGAGCAAGAAUGAGUGCCCAUGACAUGUGAAGCACAAAAACCACAGGUGUGGAUCUUGUGACAAACAGUUCCACCAGAUCUAACUUAUCCCCAUGCUCUUGACUCAUUCACCAUUGCAAAUUUGAAAACCUAUUCCACCCACAGGUACUUGUCAGUUGAAACAUGGCAUUCCCAGAAUACUGAUGACGGAGUAUACGACAGAAUUGUGACGAGAGAGAGAAGGGCAGGAAAAUGACAACUUGCAUCCGGUACCUAAUGAUCAGGAUUUGUUUUCCAACAUAGCUUGGUGAAUGUGAGAUUCCAAAGUUGACGCUGAUUGCAUUUUUUAUGUCACCAUCCCUGAGGAAACUUAAGAUCAUCAAAAUGCCAUACUUGGGGUAUAUAAAUUUCCUUUCCCCAAACAACUCAACUUCUUGGAUUUCUCCAGUGUUUGAUGCUCUUGCCGAUAUUGAUUGUAAACAUUGCAUAGUUUUCUUUGCGUCAUUAUUAACGUGUUCACAGGAAGUCCACACACUUUCAGUUAUUCUGUCAUUUUGUCAGUUGCCACCAGACUUUGUGGGUAAAUGUACCCCCUUUUCCCUCAUUUUGUGUAAAGAAGGGUUCUGCCAAUUCACUGCAGUUAAUAAUGGCUUUUCUCUUCAAUAGUCGUGUAAGGCUUAUCAUGCUGAUUGGGUGGGCAAGACCAAACAUUUAUCAUUUAGGGGUCAUAUGGUAAAUUGUUAUUUCCAGAAUGGUGUGUAUGCCGUGUCUUUGUUCCAUGACUUUUGCUGCCUCACAUUAAUUAUUAAGAACACUUGAACACUGGCAGUAAGAUUGAUUUCUAUGGCGUUCUCACUUAUGACAUCAUUGGCACUCAUUCCAGCUCCCCAGUUAUGAUUAUUAAAAAUUUUUGCGUAAUGGGUACUGUCAUAUCCAAGCGAGGUUAGGCAGUUUCAUUUAAUCAAUUACUCAAGAGGGGUGGGAACAUCUCAUUCUCGCUUGCCUAUGUAAAAACCCAGAACCCUUCAUUUCCUGAUGCGAGAUAAGAAAGCUCUUCAGUUUCCUCCGGUUUUCUGAUGGUGGUAUUCUAACAAGAUGCUUCUGUGCCUGGUGUGAGCCAUACCGUUUUACUGUCGAAGGACCAUACUUCUUCAGCUAUUUCAUCAGUGACGGCUUAGGGCCUGUCCACAUAGUCGAACUUUGCCAGACAAACUCUGCUUGAUGUUACAUCAGAAGCGGAGAAACGGCAGAAGAGGUUCAGACUUUUCCCCACUUCUGAUGUCACGUCGAGCACAGUUCGUGUGGACAGGGCUUUAGGAGAAACAUAUUUCAAGUCAUGCCCAUAACCACUGGACUGACAAUAGUAUGUUGUUGCUUUUUUCAUCAGUGGCUUGUUAUUCUCCAUAUCCACCAGCCACUCUUACUUGGAUUACAGUAGCUGCCUGCCAGACCCAGUCAUGUUGUGUACACCCUUUUAUAGGUUUAGCUUUCUUGACUCCGAGGUCUCCAUAUCAACAAGGUAUGCGCAUUAAAAAGUGUUCUGGGUGGAAAUUGAACUUGCCAGUAAAUUGAGACUUCCCACAAGGAGUCUCUCGUACAUAGGAAGUUCCAUAAAUUUUAGGCUGAAGUUUACAAUAGAUAUUCCAGAUAGCCAACUUAUUUAUCCUACCUCAACCACCCACGUAGUCCGUGGAAAGCAUUAGCGACUGAAAUAUAGAACUUGCCCUCCUACCAACCUACCUUGGCUACCAAAUUUCAAUUACAGAUUGCAACUCACUGAAGGGCACUUUUUCAUAAUUAGUUUGGUGUUUAUGACAAAAGCUUCAAGUUAACUUUCUUCCAUUGCAAACAAAUUUCUAACAGCUUCAGCAGUCCAAGUCUUCAAGCUGGUGAUACUUCCAGUUUUAGUACUAUAGUAGUUGGUAGAUUUUGUGAAGACAAAACAAGUUUUUCUGAAAUUCUUUGAUAUCCAUAAAUUAAAUUAAGACCUCAACCAAACUGAUGCAAAAACUAAGCCCUGGAAAACUAGCAUCAGAGCUUCAUAAAUGUUUAGGGUUAGUUGGGCAGACUUCUGAAAAGUCACAUUAUGGGUCAAGUGUGGAGUGUUCCAGUAGAUCAAAUAUCCAGUUAUCUGGGGGCCAUUAGGAGAUUGUAACAAACCAUUUGGCAGGUGU